AUGCUUUCUUGGUAUACUCGUGCUUGGCUCAUGUUAGUACUACUCAUUCCUUCAGUUCUAGUUACCAUUUUCGAUCUCUAUCACUUUCUUCGCUUUUCUUCACUCCGUAAAGCACUCAACAAUCAUGUCAUCAUCCUUCUUCUCAUCUGUGCACUCAUCGAAAGUCUCACCGACAUCAUCUGGCACAUCUACUUCUAUUUCAACACCUCAGUCAUGUCGUUCACAUACCAGUUCUGCAAAACGUGGGCAGUCGUUGGACCAUCUAUGUACGUCGCAGCUUUUACAUUGAUGGCGUGGGCAUCCAUCGAACGACACAUUCUCAUUUUUUCACUCAUCAUUCUUGUCAACAAAGGUCAAACGUUUCUUGUUCCACUAUGUACCACUGGUAAUAUGCAUACUUUGGCCAGUCGUAUUCUAUUUUGUUACUCAAUUGAUUAUACCAUGUGA